AUGGGAAGCCGACGGAUUCCACCAGAAAUGAUAAAAUGCGGCUGGGAAAAUUGUCAAAGUUGGUUUUCAACUGGAGUUGACAUGAAUCAUCAUGUUUUUUUAAAACACAUUGAUCAUCUUGAAGUCAGUCUAGAAAUGCUCAAAGAGUUGAAAAGUCGAGAAAUUAUUUCACCGCCUGCGGUGAAAAAUGAAGAUAUGAAGAUUGUUUGCAUAGCUGACAACUGUACAGCUUCGUUUCGAACAAAAAAUGAAGUACGACGACAUAUCGAAACUGAACAUCGCGAUUCGGAAAUUGUGGAUUCAAAGAGUAAGACGGGCAGAAGGAGAGGCUCAAAUGCGACAUUGAACGAGCUUCCAGAGAAGAAAAUCAAGGAAAAUGACUCACGAGUCAACGAAAAACCUAUUUUCAAAUGUCAGUCACAGUCCCCUUCACAAUCAGAGAAGUCCAUGGAAAGCAAUACUCUAGUUGAAAGAAAGUUAAUAAAAUUCGAUGAAAACAUGAAAAUGAGUGAAGCGAGCUCAAUUGUCUUGGAUGCCAUAGAUCAAAUGCCAUCGUCCAGCUUCCCAGCAAACUCCGAUCCAUCCCAGUUCUGUGUUAUAUGCGUAUCAUUCGAACGAUGUGGAUCCCCACACUGUAAGAUAUCUAAACAAAUCAUUUCGACUUGGAGACAUUAUAACGAUGGAGCGGAAAUAACUAAGAAAAAUCUGCUCGUUAUAUUGAAUAAAAUGAUUACCGGCUACUCGAAAAGGGAAGAAAAAGCGGCGAACUGA